AUGCCCCUGUCUCGCCCCGAAUGCGCCGAGAAAAUUGAGGAGGAGGAGGAGCGGGAAACUCACCCCGCCGCCGAGCCCCGUCUACCGGACACCCGACCUCCACAACCCUCGGCUCAAUCUCCCCGCGUCAUACGACGGGAGCUCUCCGUUCCAUCCAAUCCCUCCCAACCACACCCACGCCCGGGACUCCUGCCCGCCCGCCCGCCUUCAUCAUCGACAGCAUCGGCCUCACCGAGAGCAAGCCACCUCCGGCGCCAACGCCGCUGCCGCAAGCCAGCCAUCAUGCCGGACAACACCCCGAGAAGCUGGUUCGCCGUCCCGGCCCCCGUCGCCGCCCUCUUCCGACGCUUCCCCCUCGCCGUCUACCCUGCCAACGACCUACCCCUCCGCAGUCCCUCCCGCGGCGACACGCCGACACUAUACGUCUUCAUCGCGGACGACGAUGCCCCGAGGGGCCGACCGAGCUUCAACCCCUCGUGUCUAAAGUGGCAGACCUUUCUCAGAAUCGCCGGCGUAGACUUCCACAUCGCCCCCUCAACAAACCACGCCUCCCCCUCCGGCGCCCUCCCCUACCUCCUCCCGCCCUCCCCUCUCCGCCCCAUCGCCGGCCCCUCGAAACUCGAAUCCUACGCCCUAGAAAACACAACCCUCAAGAGGCUGCCCGUGCUCUCCUCCUCCUUCUCGACCUCCUCCGCGCCCGACGCGGAGCUCAAGGCCCGCGAACAAGCCUACCAGUCCUUGCUGGACCACCGCCUCCGCGCCGCCUGGCUAUACGCCCUUUACCUCGCCCCCGCCAACGCGGACCUCCUGUCGCGACUCUACGUCGAGCCGGCGUCAAAGAACCCCGUCGUCAGGCUGACGCUCGCGCACCAGGUCCGCGCGGCGGCCGAGGCCGAGGUGUUGAAGGUGACGAGGAGCGCGGUGGUGGAUGCGAAGAGGGUACACGCUGACGCGCGCGCCGCGUUUGAGGCUCUUGCUGCGUUGCUGGGGGAGAACGGCAGCAGUCGAAGUAGUAGUCACUCAGAAAAGGGGGGAGAGGGUGGUGGGGGUGAGUGGUUCUUUGGCUGCGAGGGCCCGACGCUGUUUGACGCGUCUGUCUUCUCGUACACGCAGCUGCUGCUCGACGAGGAGUUUGGGUGGGUGGACGAGUCGCUGUCGGAGAUUCUGCGCGAGUUUCCUGCUCUUGUGAGGCACCACGAGAGGUUGCUGGAGAGGUGCUUUCCUGAUAGCGAGGAGGGGGUCUUGGUAUGA